AUGGCGAUUGAGAACUCUGUGAUUGUUCCAGCAUACCACGAAAGGCUUAACAUCAAGCCUGUGACAACUAGACUUUUUGCUGCUCUUGGAAAUGAAGGUUCUAAAACUACAGAAUUGAUCUUUGUUGAUGAUAACUCCAAGGAUGGAUCUGUGGAAGAGGUAGAAGCUCUGCAAAAACAAGGUUACAAUGUCAAGAUUAUCGUGAGAACCGAUGAGAGAGGUCUUUCAUCUGCGGUCUUGAAGGGUUUCCACGACGCCCAGGGCCAAUAUUUGAUUUGCAUGGAUGCCGAUCUGCAGCAUCCUCCAGAGAGUGUUCCCCAAUUGUUGGACGUUUUGAGAAAGCAUGCCUUCGUCUUGGGUACGAGAUACGCACCAGGUGUCGGAAUCGACAAAGAUUGGCCUUUGUACCGCCGUGUGAUCUCGUCCGGCGCUCGUAUGAUGGCCAGACCUUUAACCACAGCUUCGGACCCCAUGAGCGGAUUUUUCGGUCUCCAGAAAAAAUAUUUGUUGGACACUGAGGCCAAGGAGAUCAAUGCUCAAGGUUUCAAGAUCGCCUUGGAUUUGCUUGUUAAAUUGCCAUUGCCAAAGAGCAACGCUAUUGGCGAAGUGCCCUUCUCCUUCGGUGUUAGAACCGAGGGUGAAUCCAAGUUGUCAGGUAAAGUUAUUGUUCAAUAUUUGCAGCAAUUGCAAGAACUUUAUGUUUACAAGUACGGUGCUAACAACUUGGUUCUGUUCCUCAUUUUCUGGAUCAUCCUUGCGCUUUACGCAUUUUUCAAAAUGGUUUCUUUCCUACAUUGA